AUGCCGGAGAUUAUCCUGAAAGUGGCGGCCUCCGGUACGGAGAUUGCGAGGCUGAGUGCGGAACCUCUGGAGCUGGUCGCCCGGCUCCGCUCUGCCGCUGUGGCCUAUGGCGGGCCACCUGAGCUCAGGUGUGGCUUGCGUCUGAUGUUCGGUACUCGGGUGCUGCGCGACUGCGACACGCUGGAAGCUUCUGGCCUUGCCGGGGGUGGCUCUGUGGAUGUGGUGAAGGUGCCCUCUCUGGAGUUCUGGCGUGAGGGCAAGGUCGUGUGGAACUCUAUUUCCGUGCCAGUGAGUGGGCCGCUGUUGAUGGGCCUCACCGUGCGGCAGCUUGCUCGUGAUCGGCUGCUGGCCUUCCCUGCCAUGCCAGCCUGGCGGAAGUACCUCCCUAGUCCAGAAGACGAUGCAGAAUCAAAAACACCCGAAUGUGGGGGGAUAUUGUCCGGGUGCUUUCCGUCGGCUCCUGCCUUGGAGGAUCAUACCGGCUCCAAGUAUGUGGUCCAGCAUUUCGAGCCGUCAGACGUCUGGCUCGUAGGCGCUUCCGAGCAAUCCGCACAGGACAUUUCUGUCCAGACAGACAGGGGCUACGUCAGUGCGAGACGGAUCCCUCUGCCUUUGGCAGAUCCGCACCAGGCCAUUCAUGCGUUCGAGUACCAGGAUGAAGCUGCUACUGUGCUGUUGGGUCCGGGACGUUCUGGCGAUGCCAUGGAGGAGCUGCAAGAUGGGGUGCUGCAGAGGUACCGCCUCCACGGCCUGGCAGAAGAGGAUUUGUCCAAGCUGCGCUUCGAGCCGGAGGGUGGCCCCAGUCCUUUCAAAUUCAAGUUCGCGUCUGUCACCGAUAAAUACAUCGACUAUUACGAGUCUGUGAUGAAGAAGUUUAACUGGCAGGAGGGUGACCAGUCUGCCGGCCGACCCAGAGAGGUCGACAAAGAGGGACUGGUGUCCAACGCCUUGGAUGAUUUCACUGCAGGUCGGGAUCGCUGUGGCGAAGUUGUGGCAAGGCUUCCUGAGGGGUGGCAAUACGGAGAGGAGGUUUACGACUUUGAGGUAUGUCAGCUAGCCGGCGGCGAGCCGAAACAGCUAGCCAAGUGGAGGGCCGAAGGUCACGUCAACAAUCAUUGCCAAUGCCUCGGGGAUCGCCUCAUGCUCUUUGCUGGCUCUCACGCCGGAGAAGAUGCCUUCUACGAGGAGAUGCAGCUGAUCGACUGGCAGACACAGGAAGUUAUCCGGAAAAUACCCCUCGACUUUAUUCCGCACUAUAUCGAGGAAGAGUGGGACCGGGGCAUCUUGAACGGCAGCACGCAAACAUUCUUCACACGUUUUCAUGGCGAAAAUGAGACUGAGGGUUCUACCACUUUCGUCUUUGCCGCCCCAGAGAUCUGA